GAGGAAGUGCGAUCAGGAACCUCGUAUAUACUUCCGUUUCCGGCCCUGCUCCCUCCUUUUCGUGUCGAUAGCGCUCCAGCAAACAUGGUGAACGUUCCUAAAACCCGCCGGACUUUCUGUAAGAAGUGUGGCAAGCACCAACCCCACAAAGUGACACAGUACAAGAAAGGCAAAGAUUCUCUAUAUGCCCAGGGAAAGCGGCGUUAUGACAGGAAGCAGAGUGGAUACGGUGGGCAGACUAAGCCGAUUUUCCGGAAGAAGGCUAAAACUACAAAGAAGAUUGUGUUGAGGCUUGAAUGUGUUGAGCCCAACUGCAGAUCUAAGAGAAUGCUGGCUAUUAAGAGAUGCAAGCAUUUUGAACUGGGAGGAGAUAAGAAGAGAAAGGGCCAAGUGAUCCAGUUCUAAGCUUCAUCUUGUUUUAUUACCACGACAAUAAAAUCUUGAGGUUAUGUUCACUUCA